GGAGCGAGGGGGAACCGGAAGACUGAAAGAGGAGCACGUGAACGAAGAUCGCUGGACGUCGCAUGGCCGCAGCAAGAGAAACAGAAGGGACGUGUGAGCACAAUGGGGCGACUGAGCAAAACUAAGAAUCAGAAGAAAGAACGUGCAGCAGCCCAGCAUCGGUCUCAGGAGGAGUAUAGCUCUGUACCUCAUUCCUUUGUUUUUCACCGCGGUCAUGCUGGCAAAAAUCUGCAGCAGCUUAUCAUGGAUGUCCGACGUGUGAUGGAGCCGUACACAGCCACUAAUCUCAAGGUGCGAAAGAAAAACACUCUGAAAGAUUUUGUGUCUGUGGCUGGACCCUUGGGCAUCACUCACUUCUUGGUGUUCACCAAAACUCCAACCACGAUCAACCUUAAACUCUUCCGUCUGCCUGGUGGGCCAUCCUUAACCUUCAGAGUUACUCAGUAUUCGCUCAUCAAGGAUGUGGUGUCAUCCCUGAAACGGCAUCGGAUGCAUGAGCAGCAGUUCACCCACCACCCACUCUUGAUACUCAACAACUUUGGCCUCCAAGGCAUGCACAUCAAGGUCAUGGCCAGCAUGUUCCAGAACAUGUUCCCUUCCAUCAAUGUCCACAAGGUUAACCUGAAUGCCAUCAAGCGCUGCGUAUUGAUCAGCUAUGACCCAGACAGCCAGACUCUUGAAUUCCGUCACUACAGUUUGAAAGUGGUGCCUGUAGGAAUGAGCAAAGGGCUAAAGAAGUUCCUGCAGGAAAAGUUUCCCAACAUGAGCCGCCUUCAGGACAUCAGUGAGCUGUUGGUCAAAGAUAUUGCCCUUUCUGAAAGCGAAGCUGAGCAGGAUGGCAGUCACAACAUCACAGAGCUGCCCCAGGCUUAUGCAGGCCGUGGGAACAUGAAAUCUGAACAGAGUGCAGUACGCCUCACUGAGAUUGGCCCUCGUAUGAUGCUGCAACUCAUUAAGGUGGAAGAAGGCUUAGGCCAGGGCAACGUGCUGUAUCACAGCUUCAUUCACAAGACUGAGCAAGAGAUCCAGGAGGCCCUAGUGAGGAAAGAAGAGAAGUUACAGCUGAAGGCUGAGCGCCGCCACAAGCAGGAGGCAGAUGUGGCACGUAAGCAGGAACAGAGAGCAGCUCACAGGAAGAAGAGUCUGGAGGGGAUAAAGAAAAAGAAGCAGCAAGCAGAGGGAGGUGACAGUGAUGCAGAGGAUCCUGGGAUGCAGGAGGACCAGAAUGUGGAUGAACCAUCAGAUGAUGACACAGAAUAUUAUCGUCAGGAAGUGGGAGAAGAGCCUGAUGAAGAUUUGUUCCCACAAAGCACCAAGAGAAAACAAGGCCUAGGCCAAUCCACCAAUCCACGGAAAAGAUGUAAAUACUCCCGCUCUGCAGAUGAUCCAAACCGAGCCCCCACAGGCACAAGUGCAACGGUGAAGCACAAGAAGAUUCCACAGCCCGGGCAGGGCUGGCAGCCAAGAGACUCGCCUGAUCUCAGAGAGCAGCGGCAGAAUGCAAGACAGCAUGGAAGAGCACGGAAUGCCAAUCGGAAGCAAGCCCGAGGCCCAGGGCAGCACCACACUAAGCAGCGGUGUGGCUCAAGGCCUCAGGGGCGCUGGAGGCAGGGCAAGCCUGGACUGCUGAGGAAGCAGGCGCCAAAGGGAAAAGGAGCCUUCAGAAAGCAGAGACGUUCGGGGAGGAAAGGGCCAGUGUAGUGCUUUGGGACUGUCCUUUUACUUGGUUUUGGUUUUUUCUGUAAUAUACAGGCUUCCCAGGUUGCUUGUGUGUGUGUCUAUUUUGGGCUUGCCUCAUUGCUGUGCAGAGCAUAAACAGGCUUAUAUCUGUGGGAUGGGUUGUAGGUAGAUGCUGGCUAGAAGUGGCAGCUGACUGGGUUCAUAUGACAGUUACUACAGAUGAGACACAGGCGUAGGACAGUGAAGAAAAUAGAUUACAGCUAGAACUAGCAGUUUAUGCAGGUGUGAAUCUUUGAUCUAUGCUACCUUUGUCUCUUUCCUCUUCCCACUCCCAACCCUCCAUUGCUAUUUGAUUGACCUCAUGUAUGGCAGAAGUGCUGAUUUACUUGGUCAGGCAAGAGGGUACUUUCCUAUAAGUGUAUGCCACCUGCCCAUCUAGACAGCAGGACAGGAUUACAAGAGCAAGCCCCAACUGUAGCCAGCCCAUUCAAUAUAUUGAGGAAAUCAGCAUACCAAGAAACACCCAAGGUCCUUACUCCAGCAGCCGCUGUGGCUGGGAAUUUCCAAGUGUGCUGUUGCAACAGAGCUUGUGCGUGUGAAGUAAUUCACUUAGGAUAUAUUUUUUAGCAUCUCUAAUGAUGUUUGCCUAGAGCUUUCAAAACUCAGAGCAAUGUUCUUUGGAAGCAUUUGGAGACGCUGCUCACAGUUGGCAGCCAAACCUAAAUUUGACCAAAGUGGUAAUUCUAUGUAUGUCAUAUUUAUUUAUUUAGAAUAUGCUUACCUGAAUGUAAGUCUUGCUAAGUUCACUGGGGUUUCUGUCAAACAUGCAUUGUUUUUUUAAAAGUCUAGGCCUCAGAAUGAUUACCUGCCUAUCUCACUCCUGCCUAGAAUGAAUCCUGAUUGUAGAGGGUUGUCUCCUUUUACAGAUUUUUUAGGAUGUGAUACAGCCAACUUCCCUCACUUCUUUCUUGAGUUGUAUCUGAUUUAUUUUCUACUUUCCCCAUUAAUUUUGUUAGAUUAAAUUAUCUUGGGCCAGUUACUCUCAACCUAGUCUACCUCACAGGAUUAGUGGAAGGAUCCAAUGGGGAAAGGAGGAUUUAUGUACAUUACUGUGAGUUCCUUGGGCAAUUGGGGAGAUUAAAAAAAUACUCCGUCAGUACACUGUUGUUUCCAAUGUACCUGUAUUCUAUGGCCUGUGUCAGGUUUUAACUAUAGCCCACCUAACACUAUUAUCUGUUGCAAAGAUUCUGACAGCUUUGUUCUUGGAGCAUCUGAUAGGCUUGUGAACAUUCUGUGCCACCAGGUCAGCCAUGUGGUGGUAGCAAUUUUACUGCUACACUAAAAUGUAGCAGUUUUAAAAAUCCAAAGCAUUGCAGCCACACAAGAAGAACCAGCGGUUCCUAGAAAAUGGAUAAGUCACAGUUUGCAAAAAACAAUCUAGGAAGUAAAGGCAAAAAGGAUGAGGGUAAAAAAGACCAAUAGUAAUUGAGGAUGAAAUGAGAAAUCUUUCUUGUGUCCAAGACUCAGGAAAUUCUCUUAUUUGGACUUUUCCAGAGGAAGUACUGGUAACUUAAAACAUGCACUCUUAUCAAGAAGGGCUAAAUAUCCUCUCUAUUUUAGUGUAUUUCUUUUUUUGGAAUAGUAUAUUGGAAUAGUUAAUACAAUGAAUAUGGAAAUUUGUUUCUUUGAUGUAACACAGCACCCCACGUCAAAGGAGGAAAGGAUGCUGUUGGCUAACCACGAAUGGAACAUUACAGCAGAGUCUCAAUUACUCUUAACAAUUUGGCUCCUACUUUGACAUAUUUAUUGCUCUGGUGCCCCCCCCCAUUAAAUCUAAGCAUAUUGUGGCCUAACUAUACUAGUUUUUGGCAUUUAGCCUUUGCAUAUGUCAAAACAUCUUCAAUGUUGAAUGCUAAUUUGCUGUUCACCUGUGUAAAGGCAUCUGCCUAUAUAUAUGAAACAGUUGCUUCCAUUUCUAUGUAUCUGAGAAAGCUCAAUCUUGAGUAAAGUUUUGUUGGUCUUAA